AUGCGUUGGCUGCUGCUGGGCUUAGUCCCAAGCAUUGGCCGAUGCGAAGUGAGUACAUGCGGCCGUCUUGAUGACCUUACCACACCUUCCACCGAUGCCCCCAUUCAGGGGGGGCACAUGCUGAUGCAGUUGAGCUCCGGUCGAGAGCCCAGCUGGACCUCUCCGUUGGAGGGCUCAAAUGCCUUCCUCAACUGGCAGCUCCUUUAUUCUUCGCAGGGCAACCGUGAGCUGCUAAGCAGCCAAGAACUUGGUGCAGGAGCUUCGCCUGUUGGCUCAGCUUUUCUGGUUUUGACGGUCCUCCUCCUGGGUGUGUGCGCUUGUGCCUGUGCUUUCAGUGCGGUGGGCACCGCAAACCCGGCGGCUUCUCUCCCAGGUGGGCCGUCCACACGGCCGACGCUAGAGCCGCGCGGGAGACCUUCACAGCUGCCGACCCAGCCGCCGACCAUGGAGGACACAGGCGAUGCGAUGCAUCGCUUCUACUGCUCCCAGUCGAUUUGCUGCCCCGACCUGGUGGUGCCGCGCUACUCCCAGAGCCUGCUGGGCGUGCCGCGGCUGGUCGCGGAGCAAGGGAGCUCCGAAGCGCUGCUGGACAUCGUGGACCCGAUUGGCAUGCCUUUGCUGAAAGCAGAAGUCAAUCUUUCGACCGAAUCUGCGCGGCUUUCCCAGAGAGAGCCCACGGUUGAGAAGAUCUAUCAGGCACGUGAGCCCUUGAUCGUCCUGCGAAACCUGAAACCUGAAGCCAGAGGCUCUCUACUGCGGAGCCCGAAGAGAGGCUUUGUGGACACCUCAGCUCUGGCGGUCGCCUACAAAUAUGGCCGUGAGUUGGAAAUUUGCCUGCCGGACAAUAGUAUUUUCGCCAGCCUCGCGAAGGUGGAGAGCCAUGUGGGGCCCCGCUUUGUCUUGAAGAUCGGCGCGGAGGAGGUCACAGGCUGGAUCUUUCAGGGCUGCCAAGUGGAGGAGCAGUUGGCCGUGACCGACGCGAAGAAGAAGAUCCUGGCACAGACCCAGGUGGCACAGCUAAGCUUUGAGAGCGAACGGAGCUUCUACAGCGUGCAAGCAAAUUCUGGCAUGGACGUUGGCGUUCUUAUUUGCUGCCUCAUCUACAUGGACGGCCUGAGCCAGGGUGUGUUUUAG